AUGCAUGAUCUGAUGCACGACCUUGCAGAAUUGGUUGCUGGGGAAGGAAUUUGUCGUGGGAGCUCAGAGGCAGCAAAUAUUACAGAAAAGACACGUCACCUGUCAUUCCCUUAUGAGUCGGAAAGUUAUUCGACGGAAAUUCCAUCUACACUGUUCAAUGCAGGGGAUCAAAAUGUUACCAGAUUCAAUUGGGAAGUUGAAGCAACUAAGACUCUGAAGCUCUCUUCGUGUGAGGAACUCGAAGAAUUGCCGAGGGAUAUUGAGAAUUUAAUCAAAUUGGUGGAUCUUAAUUUGGAAAAAUGCAAGAGUUUGAGAUGUAUGCCGCAAGGAGUGGGGCAGUUGAAGCAACUAAGGUAUCUUGACCUUUCUUGGAACCGCAGUAUGAAACAACUCCCUGAAUCUAUUACCCGCCUGGUGAAUUUACAGACGCUGAAUCUCACUAGGUGUCUGGAACUCGAAGAAUUGCCGACGGAUAUUAAGAAUUUAGUCAAAUUGGUGGAUCUUAAUUUGGAAGGGUGCGAGAGUUUGAGAUGUAUGCCGCAAGGAGUGGGGCAGUUGUCUAACCUUCGAACGUUGAAUUGGUUUGUGGUGGGCGAGAAUGCAACCACAAGCGGUGGACUACUCAACGAGUUGAAAGGGUUAAAUAAUCUGGAAGGGAAGUUGAAGAUUGUAAUGAGGAGAAGGAUAAAAAGUGCAGAAGCAUCGGAAGCGAAUUUGAAGGAAAUGCAACACCUUCGAGACCUGGAAUUGGAGUGGAGGCAAGAAAGCCACGAGGAUGGGGAGGAGGAUGAUUAUGAAUCAGUGUUGGAUGGCCUUCAGUCGCCCCCAAAUCUGAGAGAAUUGAGGAUGACAGGGUACGGUGGGAGAAGGUGGCCAAGUUGGAUGAUUAACAUGCAAUCUUUCACCUCGCUUCCAAGCCUUCGGCUUCGGGAAUUCCCCCAACUAGAAUCACUGCCGGAAGGGAUGCGUUGCCUCACCUCUCUUCAAGAGUUGCAUAUUUGUCUAUGCCCACUUUUAUUGAAAAGAUGCGAAAAAGAAACAGGGGAGGAUUGGCGCAAGAUCGCUCACGUCCCCUCAAUAGUUAUAUGGUGACGUGCACACUCUUCCAAAUUUGGAUUGUUUGCUAACUGCCAAGCCAAUAGGUAUGUAUAUAUGCGUUCCUUUUUUCAAAAAAAAAAAUUAAAUUGCUAUCAUAUUUAUCUUCCUACUCCUCAGUUACCUUUAAAAGAAACAAGGAACUCCAUCGAAUACCCUUCGCCUUUUCCUUCCUCUGGAAAUUCUCAGCUUUUAUUCCACUAGUUUAGAUUUAUCUUUUCCUCUGCAGUUACUUCAUUGAUUAUUGAAUGAACUUCCCUCUUAUCCAUCUUCGUUUGAUGAGCCAUAUUGGGGAAACAGAAAUAGGAAAAACCAGAGGUAAUAAUUUAAUUGCUUUAUCAUUAUUAUUAUUAUUAUCCUCAUGCUGUCCCAAUAUGGUAACUUAUAUUAGAGAUAUUGGACUGUUUAUAUUCUCAUGCAUUCUUUUAUAUAAUUAAUUAUUUAUUUAUUUUACAUUUUUCCUUUUAUGUUGCAUAAUUGAAUUAAAUUCUUUUUUUGUCUUUAUUAUGUAGCACAUUAUGAACUAUGGUGUGACAUGUUAAACAAAUAUGGUUAAAUAAUAGCUAGCUAGUAACUUAUCAUAUUGAAAUUUAUUAAUUUAUACAUGAUAUUGUCCUAUGUUAAAAAGUAAAGGCAUAUAGGUAGUUGUGAGUUUGUUAUGAAGUAGUUUGUUACAAGUAAAUUUUUAUAGAUUUUUGCUUACGUCUAUAUUCAAUCAUUAUUUGCACAUGGAAAAUUUAGGAAACAAAAAUGUUUUAAGUCCAUAGUAUAGGAAUUUUUGUUUUAUGUGUAUAAUUUUGUUCCUAUUCAUUUAAAACAUAAACAAAAAUCUACUUACUUUCUAUGUGUCCACCCUUUCUAAAUUACCUAUAGAAUCAUUCUUUUAAUUGAAGAAUCACAAUAAUUUGUGUAAUUUCAAAACCUUUGUGGCUUUUGCAAUAUUAGGAGAAGAUCUAAUGCUGAAAGAUGUAAAUCAAUUGUAAGCAACAUCAAAUCUUUUGCCUCUUUUUAGUAUUUGUAUAGAUUUGAAAAAAAAAAAUGUUAUAAAAAACUAUACAGACUUUUGCUCAAAUUGAUAGUUAAUAUCAUAUUUUCAUUUAUAAAAAUAUGGCCUUUAAAUCAAUUUCUUUUAAAUCAUAAAUUGAUAGUAUUUGUAAAUCAAAUGCAAGCAACAUCAAAUCUUUUAUGCAGAGUGGCUGUUGGAGUUAAACUUGUGACCAACUAGUCACAAAAGAGUAGCCAUAUUGUUUAUCUAAGGCCUGCCUUAAAAAAAAAAAAAAUUAAAAAGUUUUCAUAUAAUUAGUUGUCUCUUUGAUAUGGAAUCUUUGCAAAGUAAAUAAUUAUAUGUUCCUCCUCUCUACUUUGUAAAUUUGACUUAUUGCUUCUUUCCUUUUGGCAUACUCGUAUGUUUGAGAGAUGGAUUGAUAUAUAGCUAGAGAUUAAAUGACACUCUUUUUUUGGUUCAGUUGUUUUGUGAACUUCAACACAGAUUUUAAUUCUUUUUUUAGUAUGUUCAAUUUAUGUAAAAUACCAAAGAAUAAGCUGCCAGUCUGGAUUUGCAGUAAUUCUUAGCGCUACUUUGAAGUUCAUUAGGUUUUUUUCAUUAAAAUUAAUUAUUGAUAAAUUACUUCCGGCAUCCCGUGGGUUUGGUGCUGCAUCAGGGAGUCCGAAUAGCUUGGAAUUCUCAUGUAAAUCUAAAAAAAAUAAAAAAAUAAAAAUGGGAAACGUCCAUAUACAUACAUAAAGCAAAUGGGCACUUCAUUCAAUAGUUUUGUGUUUUAAUUUUUUAUUCUAAUAAUAAUAUAAUAUAAUAAUAGUAAAUUUUAUAAUAUAUAUAGAUAUAUUUUUUUUAAAAUUGCUUACAAAUAUGUUGAAAAACUAUUGGACAUAAAAAAUAUAUAUAUAACUAGUUAUGAGUUGGUCAUAGAAUAUUUAUGAUAUAUUUAAAAGUUAAGAAAUAAAGUGUUAAACGGUAAAUAAGGACAUAAUAUAAAGUUAAAAAUGAGUGUUAACUCUAAACUUUAAAUUUUUUAAAGGUCGUUUGCUCAAUCAACCUUUAAAACAAUUUAUCAAUUUAAUCGAUCAAUAUUUAAUUUAAAUUAUUCCUGUAAAUCAUCUUUAUUUCUGAUUUUUGGCACAUGCUUAACUUCUUUUUUCUUUCCUCGCAGGUUUAAAAUUGCAGAUUUAAAGAUUGCUAGCCCACCUCUUGCUCUUACUCUUUUUAUUGUAUUUAUUCUUUCUUUUUUUUUAAUGUAAAAUUUGUUUGCCUAUAUUUUCCUUUUCCCUGAAUCUCUCUCUAUAUUUUAUUUUUUGUAUUUUUUUUUUCAUGAAGAAAAUAAAAUGCUGUUUAUUUGGGGUGUUUA